AUUGUGCUUUAGUAAUGUUUCAUCUCACCAUAAAAGCUUUUGGAGAAGAAUUGAGUAAUGAAACGGGAGAAGUUAAGAGUAAAAAUGGUAAUAAUGGAGAAAAUGGGUCUGAAACUUGUGGAACCAAACUUGCGGACCCAAAACUUGGGAAAACUACAUAA